GGCAUCCGCUUCGUGCCGCAGCAGAUGAGCCUGGUGCAGGGCGCGCUGACCGUCACCAACCUCCUGGCCCACACCAACUACUCCUUUUGGGUGGAGGCUGUCAACGGCGUCUCUGACCUCAGCCUGGAGUCUAGAAGAGCUGCAGUCGCCAACAUCACAACAAACCAGGCAGCCCCAUCCCAGGUCAUGGUGGUCCAGCAGGAGAGCACAGGCCAGAACAGUGUCACCCUGCUGUGGCAAGAGCCAGACCAGCCCAAUGGCAUCAUCCUGGAGUAUGAGAUCAAGUACUACGAGAAGGACAAGGAAAUGCAGAGCUACUCGACUCUGAAAUCCAAGGGCACCACUGCCACUAUCUCUGGGCUCAAGCCUGCAACCCGCUACAUCUUCCAGGUUCGGGCUCGCACGUCCGCUGGCUGCGGGAGGUUCAGUCAGACUGUGGAGGUGGAGACGGGGAAGCCAGUUUCUCUCCGGUACGACACAAUGACGAUUGUCUGGAUCUGCCUCACACUCAUCACUGGCCUUGUCGCAUUGCUGGUGGUCUUAAUCUGCAAAAAGAGGCACUGUGGGUACAGCAAGGCUUUCCAGGACUCCGACGAGGAGAAGAUGCAUUAUCAGAAUGGGCAAGUGAAGUUCCCCGAGUCCAAGUUCUACGUGGACCCCCACACAUAUGAGGACCCCUGCCAAGCUGUGCAUGAGCUCACCCGUGAAAUUGAGGCCUCCCGGAUCAAGAUUGAGAAGGUCAUUGGGUCUGGGGAGUCUGGAGAGGUGUGCUACGGCCGCCUGAAGCUGCCAGGGAAGAGAGAGAUUCCUGUAGCCAUCAAGGCACUGAAAGCCGGCUACACAGAGAAGCAGAGACGGGACUUCCUGAGUGAAGCCAGCAUCAUGGCGCAGUUCGACCACCCCAAUGUCAUCCAUCUGGAAGGGGUGGUGACCAGGAGCAAAUUAGUAAUGAUUGUUACAGAAUACAUGGAGAAUGGCUCGCUAGACACCUUCCUCAGGAAACACGAUGGGCAGUUCACCAUCAUCCAGCUGGUGGGCAUGUUGCGUGGCAUCGGAGCGGGCAUGAGGUACCUGUCUGACCUGGGCUACGUGCACCGGGACCUGGCUGCCCGCAACAUCCUGGUGAACAGCAACCUGGUCUGCAAAGUGUCUGACUUUGGCCUCUCACGCAUCCUGGAGGACGACCCCGAUGCUGCGUACACCACCACGGGGGGGAAGAUCCCCAUUCGCUGGACGGCUCCGGAGGCCAUCGCAUUCCGCAAGUUCUCCUCGGCCAGCGACGUGUGGAGCUAUGGCAUCGUCAUGUGGGAGGUGCUGGCCUACGGCGAGCGCCCGUACUGGAACAUGACCAACCGGGAUGUCAUUAACUCGGUGGAGGAAGGCUACCGCCUGCCCGCUCCCAUGGGCUGCCCCACCACCCUGCACCAGCUUAUGCUGGAUUGCUGGCAGAAGGACCGCAGCGAGAGGCCACGCUUCUCCCAGAUUGUUGGCAUCCUGGAUAAGCUGAUCCGCAACCCAGACAACUUGAAGUGCACGGCCACCGUGAACCGGUUCACCCAAACACCCUUUGACAGGGGUCUCCUCGACCUGGCCACCUGCCUGACCGUGGAGGACUGGCUGGACUCCAUCCGACUGGGGCACUACCGGGACAACUUUGCCAUGGCAGGAUACUCUUCCCUGGGCAUGGUGAUGCGCAUGAACAUCGAGGACCUUCGGAGUCUGGGCAUCACUAUGAUGGGCCACCAGAAGAAGAUCUUGAGCAGCAUCCAGGCCAUGAGAUCCCAGCUGCUGAACACAAAUGGCCCCAGGAGGCAUCUCUGA